GCGGUCCGGAACAGCAUCCAUCUCCCCGUGUUAAAAAUAAAAAGUAAAAGCCUCAGAGACGAGUUUCGCCUUCACAGCUUUCUCCUUCUAGAUCGCAUGCUCAGAUGAAAUUAAGGCCCUUCGACCGUAUGGUCCUUCACUUCCACCCAGUACAUUCGGUUUUAUCAGGGAAAUACAGAAAAAGAUUUUUUUCUGCAAAAAAAAAGCCAAAAACCUGACAAAACGUCACAAUAACACUUGUUCUCUAUCAAAGACAAAUAUAUAACAGCUCUGAAACCUAAACAAGCAUUCAAGAACCACUGUAUAACCUCUAGUCUUGCUAUUUAUCACGAGAUUCUGAAAAUAGUGUCUAUAUUAGCUAAGGGAUUUUUAAAGUUAUUUUAUUUCAAGAAGUCAACGAUGAUACCAGCCAGAAUAUCAUUUUUAGCCAGGGCAGUACCGAAAGACAUUAAAUCUAGGAACAUCACCCUAACAUCUACACAGAGAAGUAAUGACGAAUCAGAUGAGAAGAAAAAAGCAGCAAAAAAAAAGAUGAACGACCUCUUGCUAUCAUUAAUCAAAGAAAACACAACGACAAACGAAGCCAAAGCUUCAGAGAAAAUGGAAAAUUCCAAAUUUAAAAAAAUUAAGCCUAUUAAGCCAAGGUCUACAGAACUCGGAGAAAAGAUUACGGUUGCAGCUAAAGAAGUUGUGAAAAAAAUGGAAAACCCUCAAAAAGCUGAGGCGGAACUUCUUUUUAAAAUGCUUUACAAAAAUGAAAAACUGCAAAAAUCCAUUUUAAAAGCUUCAAAAAAUGAAACUCUGAGCCAACUGUUAUCCGGUAUGAGAGUUGAAACAGAUGAAAAGAGUACUAGAAAUAUAGCUCCGGAAUGGUCCAGGUCCCGGUCGGAUCAGGUACGUGAUGCUCUUAGAGAAAAAAGCUUAAGACCGCCGAGAGAAUUUUCUGCCAAUAUGCCUAGGGUGAAUAUUUUUGGUGCUGCACCACUCAAUUGGUUCCAAGUUGAUAAUGACAAUAAAAACAUCCCUGUCAUGUCGACUUGGGAGAAGUGCAAAUCAAGAGAGCGAAAAAUGGCUAUAACGCACCCACCUACAAAUUAUUGGGAGCAGAUGAUGAUCUGGACAGAGAGGGGCAUUCUUUGGAAAUUUCCAAUAGAUAACGAACAAGGAUUAGACGAGGAGAAGAAAGUGUCCUUUGAAGAUCACGUCUUCCUUGAAAAUCACCUAGAAGGAUGGUGCCCCGACAGAGGACCGAUAAGAAAUUUCAUGGACCUCGUUUGUGUCGGUCUGUCACGUAACCAUUGGCUCACUGCUGAAGAGAAGAAAGCGCACAUCAUGUGGUACAGGGAUUACUUUAUUGACAAAAAAGCUUUGAUUCUUGAACUUGGAGCUGGUGAAAUGGUUGACACUCGUGAUUCCAAAGAAGUUACCUCAUAACUCUUUUGUAAAUAUAGAAUUAUUAUUUAGUAGAAA